AAGAGUAACAUCUCAAUUUUAAGUUAAUUUGGUUCGCUAACUAAUUACAAGACAUGCCUUCUGUAGCUCUUCCAUUAUACGUCUUCCUCCUCCUCUCUGCAGCUUCUCCGGCAAUCGGCGGCGAGGAUUCCCAGUCCCCGACGGUGUACGAGAUUCUACAGGGAUACGAUUUUCCGGUAGGGAUUCUCCCGACGGGUGUGACAAGGUACGAACUCGACAAAACCACGGGCAAGUUCGCCGUUUACUUCAACAAAUCAUGCACUUUCAGCAUAAGCGGCUAUAGUCUCAAAUAUAUGAGUAAGGUUACUGGUAAAAUUUCCAAGGAUAGGCUUUCGAACUUGAAAGGCGUACAGGUGAAACUGCUUUUGUUUUGGAUCAAUAUUGUGGAAGUUACUCGUGACGGUAACGAACUCGAUUUCUCCGUCGGUAUUGCUUCUGCCGAUUUUGCAAUUGAUAACUUCUAUGAGUCGCCACAGUGUGGAUGUGGAUUUGAUUGUGUGGAUUCUGGAGAAAACGGCACUGGUGAGUUCGAUUUGAAGCAGCUUAUCACUUCGUCUUGAAUAGUUAACUGAAAUUGACUGUAAAUUUGGGGUCAGGAGUUAUGGUAGAAGUGGAUUUAGGAUGAAAGUAGGCUAAAAUGGAUGCUCCAUUUUGGAAUUAGGGUAAGUUUGUAUUUCAGAAUCCCACGAAACUGGAAGCAUAUGCUUUUUAUUUCUUAGCUCUUUUGAAUGAUAGUAGUACUUAUGAAGUUAAAAUAAAAAUUUGGUUUAAGCAUUAUAUUGAAAAUUUCAAUCUUUUCCAAAAUUCAUAUUUUGGAAUCUUACUAGAA